AUGGUUCUUUGGUACGAUUUAUAUAUGUAUACACCACUUCAAGUUCAUCUUUCACCAUACAUGGCUCGUAUUCCACGUUUUAUUCGAAUUGGUGAUAAAACUAUAACCGUAUUUAAUGCUAAUAUUGUUACAUAUUCACGAACACUUCUUAUCAUUCCAAUAGCAUGGUGUCUUAAAUAUAAUUGCCCAAUUUUGGCAUGUUUAUUAGUUCUUUUUCAUGAUUUUCUUGAUCAUGUUGAUGGUAUUGUUGCAAAAGUACAAAAACGUCUUUAUGGUGACAAAGUUGAUGAUCCUUUAUUAGGUGGUUUUAUGGAUGCAUUCUGUGAUAAAAUAGUUAAUAUUUUUUGUCUAUGGACUAUUGUACAAGAAACACAUUUUGAACAAACAUCAAUAUUAAUUUCAAUUGGAUUUGUUCUUUUAUGUUACACAAUUAUUGGUCUUGAAACAGCUAUCGGUGUUGUUCGUGUACAAGAUUAUUUUUAUGCGAGUCUUAAUAAAAAUAAAACAUCUGGUCAAAAUUCAACAGCAGCUGCAAUGGAAGGAAAAUUAAAAGAAAAACUUGAAUCAAUGGGUUUAGCAUUUUUAUGUUUAUCAACUGGUUAUCUUUCACCAUUUAAUCAUUGGUCUGGUAUGACUGGUAUAAUAUGUUUUUCAUUAACAAUUCGAUUAGCUUAUGCUUCCUUAAUGAAAAAAUUACAAGCACGAGAAACAAUUACUGCAAGAAAGAAAACAAUAACUGCUGAUUCAACAUCAGAAAAUGCUUCAUCAUCAGUACCAUCUAUUAAUAAAACAAUUGCAGUAAUUAAUGCAUAUAAUUCAUCAACUGAUAAAAAAUUCCGUAAUCGAGCAAUGACAUUGGAUACAUUACAACGAGAAAAUGAAAAACAAAGACGUCUAAAUACUCAAUCAAGUCAUACAUCAUCAAAUACAGGAAGUACAUCAAGUAUAACAAAUGAUCGUGCAUCACCUAGUCUUCCAAAAGGUGCACCAAAUCCAUUGGUCAAUCAUAUUAAUAAUAUUGAAGAAGAAAAAAGUGAUCGUAGUAGUUCAACAUCUUCAUCUGAAGGUCCACAAGACUAUUCCUAUACUCUUCAACGUAGUUCAUCAUUACCAGCUAUGUGGAUUGAUGGUCGAGCUGAUAAAGUUUAUACUAUUGGUUGUUUUGAUUUAUUUCAUGAAGGUCAUCGUUUACUUCUUCAACGUAUGCGACAAUUUGGUCGGGAAGUUAUUGUUGGUGUACAUGAUAGUAGAAGUAUUCAAAAAUUAAAAAAUCGUGUACCAAUCGAUGGAACAGAAACACGUAUGCUUAAUGUUAAACGUUAUGCUGAUGAAGUUUAUUGUGUUGCUGGUACAGAUCCGUCAAAUUUUGUUAAAUGUGUUGUACAUUUACGUGAAAAUGAAACAGCACUUUAUGUACGUGGUGAUGAUAUGGCAGAUUUUCCAUCAAGACAUGUUGUUGAAGAAUUAAUGCCUGUUAAAUUUUUACCUUAUACAAAUGGUGUAUCAAGUACAAAAUUAAGAAAAGAAUUAUUUUCACAUGUUCAAGCAGAUGAUUUGGAAUAUUUAGAAAAAAUUAAUUGA